AUGGUUGUGUCGUUUUGUGAAAAACUUGGUUGGACAUAUUUACGAAGUGUACUGGAUGGUUUUUCCGAGCGACUGACAUUUGGCGUUCGUAAAGAUUUGACGGAAUUGGUUCAAAUUGAAGGGAUUGAUGGUGCACGAGCUCGAGCAUUUCACAAUGCUAAUAUUACAACAGUUCCAGCUUUAGCUGUCACUUCAAUUGAUGAUAUUACGAGAAUUUUACGAUCUGUAGUUCCUUAUGUCAGGCGUGGCAACAACAAAGGAUUGAAUCGUUGGCUCGCAGGGGAAGGUUUAAUGACGGAUGUUGAAGCAGCUCAAAUAUUAAUUCAACGUUCUCGUCUACAUCUUUCCUCUUCGCUCAGGGCUAUUGGUAUAUUCUCGGAUGCCAAAAUUGAUUCUCUAUUUUCUACAGUGACAUCAAUUUGUGAAACUAAUCAUGAUAGCUUGGAUGCCACAACCAAUAAACGUGGUGAUAAUAGUAUGGAUCCUGAUUCUAUCCUCUCAGAUCUUGAAUUUACUUCGCAUGAUUUCUUCACGCGUGAAGUUUUUCCGAACACAAAUAUUUCUAAAAAUUCGGAAGAACAAAGUACAGCAAGCACUCAAAGUUUAACCCAAAAAUCAGAAGUAAUUGAAAAACGACCACCGAAAAUGAAAUUUCUAGAAUGUGAUAACUUAGACGAGGUCAAACAAGAUGUUUUGCAUAAUUAUUCAGCAAUUAAUAAAGAGAAUUUGGACAUUUCGAAUAGAUUGGAUACGAAUAAUGUUGAACAAUUAUGUAUGGAUUUAUCCCAUACUUCAAUGUCAGAUGAAACAUUGCUACGUUUUGGUUGUAGUCAAUAUUCCAGUAAAAUUGAACAAGUUACUCAAGCACUAGAUGCCAUUAAUGUUCUAGCUAAUAACGAGAGAUUUGAUAAAAUUAAGUCAGAGAAGGAGCAAGAUGAACUUAUUGAUUUGAAAAUAUUUGAAUCGUUGGAUAUUUUUAAUUUGGUCAACAAUGAAACCGAAAUGAUUGCAAAAACGAUAGCAACAUCAACAGCUGCUUCUCUUGGAAUGCAAAAUGAUAAUGUACAAAAGGAUGAGGAGAAAUAUUUUUCGAACACUAAAUUGAAAAAAUCAUCCAUAAAUCAAUUUAGCGAACUAUCAGCAAUGACAGAAUGUUCUAUGUCACAACAGAUACCUCUUGAAAGGAUUAAAGAAGAAAAGAAAUUGUUGUAA